UGAAAAACCUGCCAAACCCCAAGUCCCAAACAAACGGCCAGUAUCUGUAUGUAAUUCUUGCGUGGCGACGCUGGAUUUUGCAGCGCCCGUAAGAGGCGGGCAUCCUUGCCAGCGCACGCCGGAGCCGCCUGCCCACCUCUCGCGGUGUCGUGUCCGAUUCUCUUUGUCGCCGCCGCGCCGCCGAUGAGCUGAGCUGAGCCCCGCCGCCGCGCUGGAGUUGGAAUUGGAGGUGGAGGUGGAGGUGGAGUUCCAUCUUGAAGCACAGCAUACCCAAGGUCCAUCCCGUCCGACUCUGCACCUCAAUCUGAUACGCACCUUUUUCUUUAGUCUUUAUGGUGACUUCAUCUUCUCCGACCGGCCCGGGUAAAGAUCAAAAAGCUGCGGGCGUCAUCUCUUUAUCCGUUUCUUGCCGCGUCGCCAAGGAAUCCUCCUCCUGCUCCAAACUAUUGCCGCUCAAUUGCUAGCCGAUUGCUCCUCCGAUUUCUUUUUCUUUUUUUGCGAGAACAAAUUGUUACUAGCUAGUUCUCAUCAGAAACCGCCGUUCCAUUGAUUGGAUUCACUGAUCGGCAUGCUGGGAGGAGCUCCUGCCGCGGACGCCAAUGGCAACAAGGACGGCGCCAUCAGCUCCGCUCCCACCCGGCCGCCGCCACCGCCAACGGCGAGCAGAGCGGCGCUGCCGCUGCCGCUGAAGCUCCUCCGCCCGCUCCUCCUCCUGGCGGUGCUCGGCACGGGCUUCCUCGCCGCCGUCGUCCUGCUCCUCGGCGGGUCCACCUACUCGGUGCUCCCGCGGCUCUCCGUCCCGGACGCCCUGUCGUCGGCGCGGCAGGUGUGCGCGGGCGGCGGCGGCGGGGGAUCGCCGCUGGAGCGGUGGGCGCGGGCGCCGGCGGGCGCGUGGCACAACAUGAGCGACGAGGAGCUCCUGUGGGCGGCGUCGUGGCAACCGGGGAUCCGGCGGUACCCGUACCGGCGGGUGCCCAAGGUGGCGUUCAUGUUCCUGACGCGCGGCCCCCUGCCGCUGGCGCCGCUCUGGGACAAGUUCUUCGCCGGCAGCGACAGGGCGCUCUACUCCGUCUACGUGCACGCCACGCCCGGGUACCGCGCCGACUUCCCGCCGGCGUCCGCCUUCUACCGCCGGCAGGUGCCCAGCCAGGUUGCUGAGUGGGGCCAGACGAGCAUGUGCGACGCGGAGCGGCGUCUGCUGGCGAACGCGCUGCUGGACCCGAGCAACGAGCGCUUCGUGCUCGUCUCCGAGUCGUGCGUGCCGCUCUACGGCUUCGCCGUCGUCUACCACUACCUCACCCGCUCCCGCCACAGCUUCGUCGGCGCCUUCGACGACCCGGGCCCGCACGGCCGCGGCCGCUACCGCGCCGGCCUGGCCCCCGAGGUGCGCCCCGACCAGUGGCGCAAGGGCGCGCAGUGGUUCGAGCUGGACCGCGCCCUCGCCGUCGCCGUCGUCGCCGACGAGCGCUACUACCCCAAGUUCCGGGAGCACUGCCGCCCGCCCUGCUACGUCGACGAGCACUAUCUGCCGACGGUGCUCUCCGUGGAGGCGCCUGGCCGGAUCGCCAACCGCAGCGUCACGUGGGUGGACUGGUCCCGCGGCGGCGCGCACCCGGCCACCUUCGGGGAGGCCGACGUCGGCGAGGCGUUCCUCAGGCGGCUGACCACGCCGGGGAAGGAGCAGGGGGCCUGCACCUACAACGGCCAGCCGGCGGAGGUGUGCUUCCUCUUCGCCAGGAAGUUCGCGCCCAGCACGCUCAAGCCGCUGCUCACACUCGCGCCCAAGAUGCUCGGAUACGGCGGCUAAUGGUGAUCACGUCAUUUAAUUUUGUUGACUGCUUGUUACUAUUCACUAAUGCUGCUAUACAUACUCACAUACACACUCGACCUGCUCAAUGAUCAUCGAUGUAUAGAUCAUAUAGCUUCGUUCAUCACUUACACGAACAUGACGAACAUUAUUUUUUUUCCCGGCUCAUCAAUCAAUGAGAUUAAAGGAACAACGUUUUACUGUGGUGCA